UACGACAAAAACCAAGCCUGCAUGCAGACUCAACAAAGAGGAAAGGAAAGUGAAUUUCAUUUCUGCUCUUCUUUGUAGACUCCGCAUUCAGACAAGGAACUUAGAAAGUUAUAAUAAUAAUAAUAAUAAUAAUUAUAAUUCAUUUAGUAUUUAAAGUAGGCGUGGUUUACAGAAGAAGUCAAAAGGUAAGCUAAUUAAAGCCUAUACUAUUUCCAGGAAUAAAAUUGAUAAUAAUGUACAGUACAACAAUAUAAAAUAAAGUUGAAAGCAUUCAUAAAUUGGGUAAGUGACUUUGAGAAGGGAACUUAUCAUGGCUGCUCCCCUGGGUGCCAGAGCCUCGAGAAGUUAAAAGAUGAAGAACGGGGGCAAUGAAAUGCGAAGGAGAAUGGAAGAGGAAAGGGGAGGAUGCACUGAUCAGUGGGAGGAUGUCUCUCCCCUUCCCUCUUCCAUUCUCCUUCGCAAUACCUUCCCCCGUUAUCAAUCCUUUGACUCUUUGAAGCUCUGGCACCCAGGGUACUUGGCUGCCAGCAACAGUAAUCAUUAAUGCACACAUGGGCUUCAGCCCCCCCCCGCAUUUUAUGCAACAAAAUGUUUUUAAGAAAAUAAGAAAAAAAUAAAGGAAAAAGAAAUAGAAGAUAAGAAUAGUAUAAUAAAUCCUAGUAUUGCCUAUUUUCAAAGGAAUAAGCCGAGAUCUGUGGGCAAUUCCAUUCAAAGUAAUGAAUUCCACCUAAAGACUUCUUAUGACAAAAGCAGGCCUUUAAAAAAUUAAAAUGUUUUAAAUGAUUGCAAGAAAAUGACUGCAAGAAAUAUCCUCAAAUGUAUUUUAAGCAAAUCUAAAGGGCGUGGUCACAAGUACUUUCUGCUCGUUUUGCUUGCAAGAAGCCCCUUUAUUUCGAUCCUCCUAGAGCCUUCAGGUAGAGCUAACAGGAAGUACACCUUGAUCAAGGGUGACCUGGAGGUAGUUGCGGCAAAGGGUAACCUCAUUCCCCCACGUCGAAACUCCACAACCGGAUGCAGUUUUAUGUCAUACCCAGGACAAUUAUUAUUAUUAUCAUUAUUAUUAUAAUGAAUAUGGAUCUACUCAAAAGUGAGGUUACUGUUGUAAGUAGAAGAAUAUGAAAUAAAAUGUUUUCAUCAUUAUUACUAAUAGGCGUGCAUGUGAAAUCAAGCACACUGAUUGGCCAGUUAUUGAUUGACACGUGGCUGAAGCCGCUUUAGUGUCUGUCCAUGGUUUUUUAUAAGCAAAUCUUUAUGUGCUGUUGUGAGGUAAAAAAGCAACUUGUGAAGCUACACUGCAAUAUUUUGUUUGUUUGUCAAAUAAUAGCAAAGUAUACAAUCAAAAGAAACUGUCGGCAUUGCGAAUGUCAGAAUAAGGACAUGAUGUCAACAAGGCAUAGUAUUUAUAUGUGCAGACAAAAAUCUUCACACUUUGUUAACAAUAUAUAGUACCGCCUUUUUCAUUUGGUUUUUAAAAGAAACAGAUAAUUUUUGUCGAGGCUCGCUUUUUGCCAAGGCUGCUAUCCCUGUGAAGAAAAAAGCUCGUUGGGCUUGUUAAGCAGGCUGUGUUACACCUUUUAUGAAUAUGCACACGAUCUUCUAUCUUAGUUAUGAAUUAGCAUUUUGGGAAAUUUUAGAUAUCGACGAAUGCAAAAGCAACCCCUGCCAAAACUCGGGCAGUUGCAGCAAUCAUGUGAAUAGAUACACCUGCAAUUGUUUAGCAGGUUACAGUGGAAUCAAUUGCGAAACAGAUGUUAAUGAAUGUGCAAGUCUCCCGUGCCAAAAUGGUGGCCAGUGCGUUGAUCACGUGGACAGAUUCUCCUGCAACUGUCCGCCAGAUUUUGACGGUAGCCUUUGUCAACUUGGUAAUAUAGCAAAAGGGAAACAAACUGGACAAUCUUCUAGAAGUGAUAGCCAUUUAGUCGUCGAUGGUAAUGCUGCUUCGAACUAUGGAGAUGGGUCUUGCUCACACACAGAUAGCCAGUACCAGCCAUGGUGGCGUGUGGACCUUGACGCUACGUACUCCAUUGGCACCGUGAAAAUUACAAAUCGUGGAGACUGCUGUGCAACAAGACUCUCGAAUUUCUACGUUUAUGUUGGCGAUGAUACGGAGAACAUCCAUGCUAAUUCACAGUGUUUCUUUUAUUCUGGGUAUCCAAGCGCAGGUUCCACUGUGACCCUCUCUUGCACAUCAGCUGUUUCUGGUCGUUUUGUCUUCGUCAUUUUGAGAGACACAGGACUCCUGACACUUUGUGAAGUUCGCGUGUUUGUAAAAGAAUAAAGCACAUUCAAAAGGAACAACAUCGUGAAUCAUAUGACAAUAAGUUGUAAUCUGGACACUUAGCACAGCCAUGUAUACGAUGUAGUAGCGGCACCACGGGGGACUAGGGGGGGGGCACGUUUUCCCAGUUUUUGGCAGAAUCAAUUUUAUGAUUUGUUCAAAUACGACGAGAAAAAGUUAGAGGAGGGGUAAUAUCCUUGCCAAUAUAUUUUUGUGAUGUAAUCCUGUGAUUUUGAAACUGCCUUUACGCAGCCAAAAGCUGGUCAUAGGCUUUCCUUAUUGGCAAAAUUAGCGUUCCUUGUUGGUAAACGGGCUUUUUCUGACAAUGAAAUAGGCAUGGCCUAAGAUUUUUUGUUUAAGAAUUUAUUGCAAGAGGGUGUCACUGCUCCGGCAACCCCACCGUAGCGAUGGACCUAACAAUAAAAGAAUCAACGUCGCUAUCUUCUUUUGAUCAGUAACCAAUUUCAGAAGGCUCUUUCAAUAAACUUACAUAUAUCUUUUAUUUAAUACUCUAUUUCCCCUUCCUGGAUUUCCACACGUUUUUAAUUAGAUUCUCGUGCAGAUGCUAUAAACGGUAUACUUAUCAACUGGCAACAACUUAUUCACUACCAAUAUUAUAAAUAUUUCAAAUAAGUUAAUCUUUUUUAAUCAUUUGAUUACUCUAACAUUCUAAUUAGUGUGCGUAUCGUGAUUGACGAAGCUCAGUUUUGCCAUCCCGGUUACCCAUCCUUUUUACAAAAACUUCCAUGAUUGAGUCAUUGUAUUAGGAAUCUAACAUUGCAAUCCGUAGGGCUAGUUGUAAAGGCCUCGCUACCGUGAAAAGUCUAUGCUGAAAGGAGGUCACCCAUGACUUGUUCUCAACUUAGAGGUGAAUUAGAGCUGAGAGAUUAUGGCUUAGUAGUGAAGAAUAGACUAUAGUUUAAAUAAACUGAGAAAUAAUAAAAAAAUAUUUGGUUAUGUAUCAAUGUUUGGUAGUUUGUGUCUAUAGACUUUAUAUUCACUUUUUAAAUAUUGUAGAAAAGAGGCAAGUUUAGUAAAGUAUAGUUUUUCGUAACAGAAUUUACACGUUGUCGAGUUCUGACGUUGUUUCAUGUUAUUGAAAUAGAAUUGUGUACACAUAUUAGCAUUUGAUAAAAUUUGCACAUAAAAUCUUUUUGCUUUACUUACCUAAACUUCUAUUCAAAUGCAAAAUUAAAUUAUCUGUUGUUAACAUUUUAUGUAUCUUUCUGGAUUCUCAGGGCAGAGAUGAUACCAUGAUAACGUUUUAUAUUUAUAUGCAAUAUUUACUAAGGCCUAAUUAUGACUAUCCGGUUGAUGAUUACUUGACAAAUCUGUGUGAGUUACUCCUUACCACUCCACUGGCCUACGCCAAGGAGUGGCUGUCUCCAAAGGCCAGCACUGCCAGAGCCCAAGAAAUUGGGAACCCGGGAGGGGCUAUCAGAAACUGGGAGGGGAAUUGAGAUGAGAGAAACUAUUUUCUCUUCCCAAUUUUUUAGGCUCUGGUACCCAGAGUAGGCCAGCAGAGAAACAUUUUCGUAAACCUGUGACAAAAUUUUAAUUUGGUCUCUUUUGAUACUUGGUUAGGUUGACACCGUUGGGUCUGGAGCGUCCCUGGUCUGUUGACCACAGACAUGUGGGUCUCCCCGUCACAAUUACCUCCAAAUUUAAUAGGUUUUUAG